UCGAGUUGUUGUCAUUCAGUCGAUUCUUGUCAUCGAUACGCCAAUGAGAUCGUCUUCUGUCAUGUCGAAAUUAUUGCUAAUCGUUGCUCUGCUGCUGCUCGAGGCGACGAGCUCGUCGAUCAUCGACCUGUCCGACCUGUCCGACGAAUACGCGGCACUCCCGUAUUUUUUUCGAAUGCCCGACAAAAAUUACGCGCAAAUGUGCUGCGCUCAGUGCAUCGACGAAAAGACGUGCAUCCUCUACACUGAGAAUCGGGAGAAGACCUGCGCGGGCCUCAUCGAUCGCGAGUCCGUUGGAUUGAUCGAUUUCUGGGGGGGCCGAAUGAUCACGACCUCUUAUGAUCUGUACGAGAAGUGGCAGCUGCUAUGGAUCGAGAACGGGUCCGACCCGAUACUGAGAAGCCGCGACUUCAGCUGGGAUGAGUGCGCCUGGAAGUCGCAGGUGGAAAUUCAUGACCUCUUGGGCCCAGUAAUCACGGACGUUCUGAUGGAAGUGGUCACCGAUCCGUUUUAUGACUACAACGUGCUGCCCUCCGUAAAGGAAACCAAUUGCGGCAUCUACCAUUGCGACGUGACAUUUUAUAAGAAGCGCCCGGGGGAACCCAUCCAGCUCAAAAGGAAGAUUGACGACGACGAGCCGGGAAAAAUCCAUAGAUUUGAUCUGUGAGAAUAUUUUUUUGAAACAGCCAAAAAAAAUCUUCAGAAAAUUAUUAUUUUUAAAGACGUCUGUUUUAAA